GCAGAGGUCGCCGGCCCCGCCCCCAGAGGGACAGGGGCGGGGCGAGCGCGCCGGAGCCGAGGGGGUGGGACGCAGGAAGGGCUGGGAGGAGGUGAGCUGGGCGUUGAGGAGCUUGCGACUGCUGCUGUGGCCCGCGCCAUGUCCGCUCGCAACUUGGGCACGGAGCUGGACCUUAGCUGGAUCUCCAAAAUACAGGUGAAUCAGCCAGCAGUUCUGAGGCGUGCAGAGCAAAUCCAGGCUCGCAGAAUGGUGAAAAAGGAGUGGCAAGCUGCUUGGCUCCUCAAAGCUGUUACCUUUAUAGAUCUUACUACACUCUCAGGUGAUGACACAUCUUCCAACGUUCAAAGGCUUUGUUAUAAAGCCAAGUAUCCAAUCCGGGAAGAUCUCUUGAAAGCUUUAAAUGUGCAUGAUAAAGGCCUUACUACAGCCGCUGUUUGUGUUUAUCCCGCACGAGUGUGUGAUGCUGUGAAAGCACUGAAGGCAGCCGGCUCCACCAUCCCAGUGGCUUCGGUGGCCACUGGCUUUCCAGCUGGACAGACUCAUUUAAAAACACGAUUGGAAGAGAUCAGAUUGGCUGUGGAAGAUGGAGCUACGGAAAUUGAUGUGGUAAUUAACAGGACCUUGGUGCUGACAGGCCAGUGGGAAGCCCUGUAUGAUGAGAUUCGUCAGUUUCGCAAGGCCUGUGGGGAGGCUCAUCUCAAAACCAUCUUAGCAACAGGAGAACUUGGAUCUCUUACUAAUGUCUAUAAAGCCAGUAUGAUAGCAAUGAUGGCAGGAUCAGAUUUUAUUAAGACCUCUACUGGAAAAGAAGCAGUAAAUGCCACUUUCCCGGUAGCUAUAGUAAUGCUACGGGCCAUUAGAGAUUUCUUCUGGAAAACUGGAAACAAGAUCGGCUUUAAACCAGCAGGAGGCAUCCGCAGUGCAAAGGAUUCCCUUGCCUGGCUCUCUCUCAUAAAAGAAGAGCUAGGAGACGAAUGGCUGACGCCAGAACUCUUUCGAAUAGGUGCCAGUACUCUGCUUUCUGACAUCGAGAGGCAGAUUUACCAUCAUGUGACUGGAAGAUAUGCAGCCUAUCACGAUCUUCCUAUGUCCUAAAUCAGACCGAUUCCAGAAAAGUUCUUUACAACGAUGUUUAAAAUGUGUUUUUCUACAUAACUGCUAAAAUUAUUUAGUUAAAAUAUGAGGGAACGAAUAGGUAA